AUGCCUUCGACUACUACCCUACUUUCUGCUGCAAGCUUGCUUGCUUCAAUUCCGACAGUCUUUGCCGGGUUUAGCCCAUCCUCCACCGGCAAUAUUGCAGUCUAUUGGGGCCAGAAUUCAUAUGGCCAGAGCUCUGGAUCCCUUGAACAGCAGAGACUAUCUACCUACUGUGCUAAUUCUCAGUUCGAUAUCAUUCCCCUCGCGUUCCUCACUACUAUUUCUAAUCCUGCAUUGAACUUCGCCAAUUCUGGAAAUGACUGUACGGCUAUCUCUGGCUCCAACCUAUUCUACUGCUCUGAGCUCGAGGCGGACAUAGCAGAAUGUCAAUCCACAUACGGGAAGACGAUUCUCCUCUCUAUCGGAGGAGCCACUUACACUGAAGGGGGCUUCAGCAGCGAAUCUGAUGCAGUCGCAGCCGCCAACAAUAUCUGGUCGAUCUUCGGCCCCUAUUCCUCAAGUUCAUCGGCUCCCCGCCCCUUCGGCAAAUCAGUUAUCGACGGGUUCGAUUUUGACUUUGAAACCACCGUCUCCAACAUGCCCGCCUUUGGUAACCAGCUGCGAAGCCUAAUGGAUGCUGACACCAGCAAGAAAUGGCUCUUGACCGCAGCACCGCAAUGCCCAUACCCCGAUGCAGCUGACGGCCCGAUGUUGGCUGGAACAGUCUCCUUUGACAUCGUCUGGGUGCAAUUCUACAACAACUACUGCGGUCUGAACGCCUUCACUACGGGAUCUACCACGCAGAACAACUUCAACUUCGAGACCUGGGACAACUGGGCAAAGACCUCGUCUCUCAACCCCAACGUGAAGGUCAUGCUGGGCAUACCCGCCAACACGGGCGCCGCUGGGUCUGGCUACGAGUCUGGCAGCACGCUUGCAGACAUCAUUGCCUACUGCAAGAGCUUCUCCAGCUUCGGAGGUGUCAUGAUGUGGGACAUGACUCAGCUCUAUGCCAACUCGGGAUUCUUGAGUCAGGUCGUUUCGGAUCUUGGCAACGCUGCUGCUUCGGUCCCGGCCACCAGUACCGCCACUACUCUGACUACUGUUGUUGGCAAGCCAACCUCCACUAUCUCGACUACCGCUUCUGCCACCGCGACGGGAAGUGGUGGGGUUGCACAAUGGGGUCAGUGCGGCGGCGAUGGUUACACAGGUCCCACCGUAUGCGCGAGCCCCUACACCUGCGUCUACUCCUCCGAAUGGUGGUCGCAAUGUCAAUAA